AUUUCCAUCUACCGACUGCCCACAUAGCAUUAAGAAAUACUACUAUAUAUAAAUAGCUCAUUCACACAUUAAAACCCCAAAGUUUAGCUUCAAUUUCCCCUUUCACUUAAAGGGGCUACCUCUUUCUUCACAUUUAAAUAUUACCGUCAAUUUUUGUAGUCAAAGCCAAAACCGAAGCCUACCAGAAAAACCACAGAAGGAUGUCAUCAACUUCACCACUUCUACUAUGGUGCUGCUUGUAUUUGUGUCUGGCAACAACGACGCCGACGAUAUAUUCUCGUUUACAGCCACGAAAUCUGAUCGUAGAUUCAAAUUCCAGUGCGAAAGAGUUCAACCGCAGAAACCUCUUGGGCAAUGGCCUUGGCCGAACUCCGCAAAUGGGAUGGAGCAGCUGGAAUCAUUUUGGUUGCAAUAUAGAUGAGAACAUGAUAAAGGGAACAGCUGAUGCAAUGGUAUAUACUGGACUUGCUUCUCUUGGAUAUGAGUACAUCAAUAUAGAUGAUUGUUGGGCCGAAGGCAAUAGAGACUCGCAGGGAAAUAUGGUUGCUAAAGGUUCAACUUUUCCUUCUGGGAUUAAAGCACUAGCAGAUUAUGUUCACAGCAAAGGAUUAAAGCUUGGAGUUUAUUCUGAUGCUGGGACUCAGACGUGUAGUAAACAAAUGCCAGGUUCAUUAGGACACGAAGAACAAGACGCAAAAACUUUUGCUUCCUGGGGUGUUGAUUACUUGAAGUAUGAUAAUUGUAACAAUGAGAAUCGAAGUCCAAGAGAAAGGUAUCCCAUAAUGAGCAAUGCUUUACAAAACUCUGGAAGGGCUAUAUUUUAUUCCAUGUGUGAAUGGGGAGAUGAUAAUCCUGCCACGUGGGCUUCCUCUGUUGGAAAUAGUUGGAGAACUACUGGAGAUAUUACUGAUGAUUGGAACAGUAUGACUUCUCGAGCAGAUUUGAAUGACCAGUGGGCAUCUUAUGCUGGUCCAGGUGGCUGGAAUGAUCCAGAUAUGUUAGAAGUUGGAAAUGGAGGAAUGGAUUUUGGAGAAUAUCGUUCUCAUUUCAGUAUUUGGGCAUUAGUAAAAGCACCUUUAAUUAUAGGUUGUGAUUUAAGAUCAAUGGAUAAUACUGCCCAUGACAUUCUAAGCAACUCAGAGGUCAUUGCAGUCAAUCAAGAUAAACUUGGAGUUCAAGGUAAAAGAGUUAAGCAGUAUGGAGAUUUGGAGGUUUGGGCAGGGCCUUUAAGUGGGAAAAGAGUAGCACUUGUGCUAUGGAACAGAGGAUCAUCAAAGGCUGAUAUAACUGCUUAUUGGUCUGAUAUUGGCCUUGAUUCUUCCACUGUUGUUGAUGCAAGAGACUUAUGGGCUCAUUCAACAAAAGGAUCAGUUAAAGGACAAAUAUCAGCCAGUGUUGAAUCACAUGAUUGCAGCAUGUAUGUUCUUACUCCCACAAAAUAAGUUCAACCACAUUAAUCAAAUGUUAUAAUUGAUAUGGAAAAACACCACAUUGCUGGAGGAGUACUCAUACAUCAUUUAGUUAGACUAAGAAAAAUAAAUUAAAGGGAUUUUGUAAUUAUUAUUAAUUAGUAUAUUCUCUUUUAUUUUAUAUAGUUAAGAGCCAGUUUCUUUGUAUCGUAUCGAACUUAAAUAGUGAAUUUUGUGUGGGGAGAAUUUGAUAUGAGAUAUAUAUCAUUAUGUUUUAUAU